CACAAAUGGAAAUAGACAAAUUUAGUACUGGUGAAACGCUAUUGAACCAAUUCAAUUCAUGAUCAACUCUUUUCCUUUUUCUUUUUCUUUCUUUUAUCUCUCUCGUCGACACAAUACGCUUGUUUCCACUUGGCGGGAUAAUAAAUCGACACUCUAAAGACCAGCACAAAAAAAAUUUUUUCUCUUUCGCUUUUUUCUCUUUUAUUAUUGUUCAUCAGCCCAAUAUGAAGAAGACGAUCGCUAUUUCUGAGCCUUCAGAAGUGAUAGGCCCUUUUCUUACAGAAUUGUCUUCUUAUAUUGCAAAAAGCAAACGCGCACUUGUCGUAACUGGUGCAGGUAUUUCUUGCAGCAGUGGUAUACCUGAUUUCCGUUCCUCAGAUGGUUUAUAUAAUCUAGUCAAAAAACGCCACCCUGACAUUGUUUUACGCGGUAAAGAAUUGUUUGAUGCUACCUUAUUUCGUAGCGAAAAAACAAUCAAAUGCUUUUAUACCUUCAUGGCUGAAUUACGCUCUUUGAUAACCAACGCAGAACCCACCAUUACCCACGAAUUUAUUCAAUCUUUAACCGAGAAGGGACAGCUUUUGCGUUGCUAUACACAAAACAUUGAUUUUUUGGAAGAAAAUCUGAAUAUUCCAGCCAUUCAAUUGCACGGUACGAUGAAAGAAGUUCGGUGCACACUUUGCAGUGCUACUUUUGAUUUCACAGAUGAGUAUGAACAACAGUUCCGUAAAGGAGAAGCGCCGGGAUGCCCUCAAUGUGAAUCUGCUGAUGCUGAACGCACAAGACUUGGUAAACGUCAGUUGUCUAUGGGCACCCUCCGUCCUGCUAUUGUGUUGUACAACGAGGAUCAUCCUCAAGGCGAAUCAAUUGGUCAGUUGCAAGUCAAUGAUCUCAAAAAGAAGCCUGAUUUAAUGAUUGUGAUGGGCACUUCACUUAAAAUUCCUGCACUUAAAAAAUUUAUCAAGCAAGCUGCUCGUAUUAUUCAUUCCAAGCCUGGUGGUUGUGUUGUGUUUGUGAAUCGUACAAGUCCUACAAAAGAAUGGGAAAAGAUCUUUGAUUACGAAGUCUUGGGUGAUUCUGACAGAUGGGUGGAAUUGACAAAUGAAAAAAUGGCAGACGAGAAAUUAAUGACACAGACAGCCAACAAGAUCAAAAAGCGCUUGACCCAAAAGAAAGAGGAAGAUGAAGAAGAAGAAAAAGAAAAUAAGCCAACAAAGAGCAAGAAGAAGACGAUUACAAUCAAGUCAUCUAAUUCAAAGCGUCCACCACUCAAGCGAACAUUAUCUAAAUCACAAACUACUCUUAGAGAAUUCACUACAAAGCGUCGCAAUACUGCCAGGACAAAGGCUGUGUAAAUUCCUUAUUCAAUAGACGAUAAUAUUUAUUUUAUUCUUUUUAUACACCUUUAACGUUUCAAAUGUACAAAUCUAUACAGUUUGUUAAUUAAAAUCCUGCUCAAUUUGCUCA